CGCUCUCCUCCUUCCCUACCCUCAUCGUCAUUGUCGUCGUUGCAGCCAUCACGGCCGCCCCUCGCCGCCCAUCAUGCGCUUCUACAUCGAUGACCUCCCCGUCAUCUUCCCAUACCCUUACGCCUUCCCCGAGCAGGUUGCAAUGAUGAACGACCUCAAACGCACCCUCGACGCAAACGGCAAGGCAGUCAUCGAGUCCCCAUCAGGAACUGGCAAGACAGUCUCCUUGCUCAGCUUGAUCGUCAGCUAUCAAAUGCACUAUCCUGCUGCGCGCAAGCUCAUCUACUGCACGCGUACAGUACCCGAGAUCGAGAAGGUGUUGGCUGAGCUCAGUCGUUUGAUGGAGUACAGAGCGCGGUAUAAUCCGGGGGAGGAUGAGGUCAAGGACGAGGAUGGGGUCGAGAGAGAGUUACCCCUGCCAAAAGGGCAAGGUCAGCAUGAGGACAUCUUGGCGCUGGGGCUGUCCUCGAGGAAGAAUCUAUGCAUUCAUCCAAGUGUCAGUCGGGAGAGGCGAGGCAACGUCGUUGACGCGAGGUGUAGGGAUAUGACAAGUGCGUGGGCAUGCGAGAAGGGAAGGCAAGAGCCGGGCAGCGUGGAGCUGUGCGACUUCCACGAGAAUCUGGGAAAGCUCGAGCCUGGCCACCUGCUGCCGCAUGGCGUGUGGACGCUGGAGGACGUAAAAGACUACUCCCGCGAGCAAGGCAUCUGCCCCUACUUUGGCAUUCGUCGCAUGCUCCCCUUCGUCAAUAUCGUCGUCUACUCCUUCCACUAUCUCCUCGACCCAAAAGUUGCAGAGCAGGUCAGCAAGGAGAUGUCCAAGGAUGCCAUUGUCGUCUUUGACGAGGCUCACAACAUCGACAAUGUCUGCAUUGAGUCCCUCAGCAUCGACCUCACACGCCCUAUGCUGGACAGUGCGUAUCGCUCCGUCGACCAGCUAGCCAAGCGCGUCGACGAAGUAAAGAAGACGGACGCGGCCAAGCUGCAAGACGAAUACUCGAACCUCGUCGAGGGCCUCCAGCAGUCUUCCACCGAGCGAGAGGCAGAGACAUUCAUGGCCAACCCGGUCCUGCCUGAGGACCUGCUCAAAGAAGCCAUUCCUGGUAACAUUCGACGAGCAGAGCACUUCGUCGCUUUCUUGAAGCGAUUUGUCGAGUAUCUCAAGACGAGGAUGAGAGUGCUGCACGUCGUGGCAGAGACGCCUACGAGCUUUUUGCAGCAUUUAAAGGACAUCACAUACAUCGAGAGGAAGCCGUUGCGCUUCUGUGCAGAGAGGUUGAGGAUGCUCGUCUCGACGCUCGAGCUCACGAGGCUGGAUGAGUUUGCAGCCCUGCAGAAGGUGGCGGCAUUCGCAACGCUGGUGGCGACCUACGACAAGGGCUUCCUCCUUAUCCUUGAGCCCUUUGAGACAGAGAACGCUACGGUACCCAACCCCAUCUUCCACUUCACCUGCCUUGACGCAAGCCUCGCCAUCCAGCCCGUCUUUGAGCGCUUCUCCUCUGUCAUCAUCACGAGCGGAACUAUCUCGCCCCUGGAUAUGUACCCGAAGAUGCUCAAGUUCGAAACGGUUGUCCAGGAGUCCUAUCCCAUGACGCUCACCAGGCAGUGUUUCUUGCCGCUGGUCAUCACCAGGGGGAGCGAUCAGAUUGCUAUCAGCUCGAGAUUUGAGGUGCGCAAUGAUCCCUCGGUCGUGAGAAACUACGGCUCGAUCUUGAUCGAAUAUGCGAAGUGCAUCCCGGACGGCAUCGUCGCCUUCUUCCCCUCUUACCUCUACAUGGAAUCAAUCGUCUCCGCCUGGCAUGACAUGGGCAUCCUCGAAGAAGUCUGGAAGUACAAGCUCGUCUUCAUCGAGACGCCCGAUGCGCCCGAGACCUCUGUCGCACUGGAGAACUACCGUCGAGCAUGCGACAAUGGGCGUGGCGCUAUCCUCCUCUCCGUUGCCCGAGGCAAGGUGUCAGAGGGAAUCGACUUCGACCACAACUACGGCCGCGCAGUAGUGAUGUUCGGUGUGCCGUACCAAUACACCGAGUCGCGCAUUCUCAAGGCUCGCCUCGAGUUCCUAAGGGACAACUUCCGAAUCCGCGAAAACGACUUCCUCACCUUCGACGCUAUGCGCCACGCUGCGCAGUGUGUGGGGAGAGUACUCCGCGGUAAGUCGGACUACGGUCUGAUGGUCUUCGCGGACAAGCGCUUCGCACGGGCGGACAAGAGGAGCAAGCUGCCCAAGUGGAUUGCGCAGCAGAUCACGGAUACUCAUUCGAACUUGUCGACGGAUAUGGCCAUCGUGGAGAGCAAGCUCUUCAUCAGACGAAUGGCACAACCCUUCGAUCAGGGGGCGAAGGGUGGGGUCAGUCUGUGGAGUGUCAAGGAUAUUGAGGAAAGGCAGCGCAAGGAGAAGGAGCACUUUGAGAGAUUGAUGGCGCAGGAUGGGCUGGAGUUGGGAGAAGAUGGGGCCCUAGAUGGCGACGUCAUCGACUUCAAUGAUCCGGAGACGCUUGAGGCUGUCGAGAGGCAUGAGAGGGAGUUGGAGGCUAAGAGGGGUGGGUCGGCUGCACAGAUUGAGGAGCUGGCUGAUGGAGAGGAUGAGUUUGAUGGGCAGUUCGGGGACGGCAGGGAGCUCGAGGGAAUGGAUGUCGAUGCAUGAGCCGCAUGAUCGACUGUGUAUCAAGAUGUACUUUUAGACAAUCAUUUCAUUGCCUCUAUCGUCCAUCUAGAAGGUGAAAGCCACCUCGCACAGCCUAGGCACGCUGAAAGCGUCCUUGUCCUCAUGGAAAGCCC